AUGGCAGACUACGAUCACGCAGCUAGACUGGAGCCAUUCUUGCUUCUCGCUCGCUCGACGAAAGGAGCAGCAGCCGCAAAGGUCAUCUCGGACGCGACGGCCGCCCCGGGGGUUUACAUCUUUGGAGAGCUGUUGGAUCUUCCUGGGAUCAGAGAGCUCGCUAACGAUGCAAAUCUCGCCAAAUCACAUCAGCUUCUUGAGCUGUUCGCGUACGGGAACUUGCAUUUGUACUUAUCCAACAAGGAGUCUUUCCCACCACUGAGUCCCGCGCACCUACUCAAGCUUCAACACCUCUCUCUCGUCUCCAUGGCGCUUGAACGUCGAUCAAUACCGUACCAAGAUAUCCUCAGUAGCCUUCAACUCCCCUCGGUCCGCGUGCUGGAAGAUCUCAUCAUUGACGUGAUGUACUCUGGCCUUCUUGCGGGUAAGAUGCAACACCACGAGGCUGUACUCCAUAUCGAUUGGGUCGCGGGGCGGGAUAUCGCCGAACGGGAUCUGCCGCUCGUUCAGCAGCGUCUCGAAGAUUGGUGCUCUACUGCUCAGAAUCUCCUUGCUGCGCUAGACGAACGUAUCGCCGAAGUCCGCUCCGCGGCGCACCACGAGUCCGCCUCGCUCGCCGACUACAAGCACUUCCGGAACGAGCAGUACCGUGACAUCCAAAAGUCGAGCAAGGAGACGCGCAACUCGUCGGGUCGGAAUUUCAUGAAGGACGGCUGGAGCAAUGAGCGGGGAGGACAACGACUGGACUCGGCGGGAACAGAGGGCGGCGGUGGGCCUGGAGGUGAUGCCGGUGGUGCCGGGGGUGGCGGCAGUAAGGGUGGGAUUGGAGGGAUGCUCUCGCGGAACGUAGGAACAAAAGUAGGGCCGAUGUCGGCUGAUGAUGCGUUUGGGAAGAAGGCAAGGGGAGCGAAGCGGCCGCGGGAUCUGUGA